AUGGCUUCGAUAAACACGUCGAGCCUAAGGAAGCACCACGGUUAUGGGAAUACAACUUUAGCAUUGAUGCUUCAGGUUAAAUGUGUGUUGGUUGAUCCAGCUAGCUCGGCGAACAUUAUUCGAUCGAGGGUCGUAGAGCAGCUCAGCCUUCAGGAUCAAAUCUUGCCUACUGCUCAAAUGGUCAACGGUUUCAACAUGGCGAGUGAAACCAUCAAAGGGAAAAUCAUGUUGCCAGUGAAUGUGGCCGGAACUAUCCAGGAAACGAAAUUCCACAUGAUCGAAGGUGACAUGAGGUACAACGCGCUGCUCGAAAGACCUUGGAUCUACAAUAUGAGGGCAGUACCUUCAAUGUUUCAUCAAAUCUUGAAAUUCCCAACACCGGAAGGAGUCAAAACGGUGUACGGCGAAUAA